AUGCCUUCCAUUGACGUUAUGAUGCCUCCUGGGCAAGAGGUCUUAGAGGAACCUCAGGCGCCACCACCCCCAGUUAUUGGUAUUAUUUAUCCUCCACCUGAAGUAAGGACAAAGUAUAUAGAUAUUGUUGACAAAACUGCUAGUUUUGUUGCUCGUAAUGGGCCUGAAUUUGAAGCUCGUAUAAGGCAAAAUGAAUUGGGAAACCCUAAAUUCAAUUUCCUCAAUGCAGGUGACCCUUAUCAUGCUUAUUAUCAGCAUAAAGUUAAAGAGAUUCGGGAAGGAAGAGGACAAGAUGUUGCACCAGCUCCAGUGCCUCCAAUCCAAAGACCAGGCUUAGCACCUGCCACAGCAGCUAAACAGCAAGAAUUGCUUAAAGCUGCUGCUCCAGUUGAACCUCCACCACCACGUGAUCCCCCACCAGACUUUGAAUUUAUUGCUGAUCCACCAUCAAUAUCAGCAUUGGAGCUUGACAUUGUAAAACUAACUGCUCAGUUUGUUGCAAGAAAUGGAAGACAAUUUCUAACUGACUUGAUGAAAAAGGAAGAACGUAACCAUCAGUUUGACUUCCUUCGACCACAGCAUUCCCUCUUUCAAUAUUUUACACGCCUGCUUGAGCAAUACACCAAAGUACUUCUACCUCCCAAAGAACUUGUUUCAAAGUUGUCCUCUGAAGUGAGAUCUGGAGUUUUGGAACAUGCUCGUACUAGGGCUGCAUGGCAUUCUCACCAAGCUAAGCGAAAGGCAGCUGAUGAAGCAAGAAUUGAAAAGGAAAGAUUAGCAUAUGCAUCCAUUGAUUGGCAUGAUUUUGUUGUGGUAGAAACUGUUGACUACCCUUCUGGGGAACUAGGAGAAUUCCCACCUCCAACAACACCAUUAGAGGUUGGCGCACGAGUUUUGGCACAAGAGCGUGGGGAAGAUAUUGCUCAUCACGACGAAGAUGAUACAGAAAUGCAGAUUGAGUCGGAAUCUGAGUCCGAGUCAGACGAAGAUCUGGCUGAAAUGGAAGAUCGCACACAGCAGCAGCAACGACCUGAUGACAAUCGUGUACAGGAUAUGGAAGAGGAGAGUUCCUCCUCUGAAGACGAAAGGAUUCCAGAACCACCAAGGUACACUACAGCCGACGAAGCUCCAUUGGCCCCGCGUCCAGACCGCGUGGUUGUUAAGAAAUACGAUCCUAAGCGUUCUCGACCUCAGCCAGCCCCAGCUAGCGAAGAAUGGUUGGUUUCUCCCAUCACCGGAGAGAAGAUUCCAGCUAAUAAGGUGGCUGAUCACGUGAGAAUUGGGUUACUCGAUCCACGCUGGUUGGAACAAAGAGAUCGCGCGGCUGCUGAGCGUACAGACAGGGACGAAGCCCUGGCACCAGGAGCUGCCAUUGAAGAAUCACUUAAGCAUCUUGCCGAACGUCGUACUGACAUUUUCGGUGUGGGAGAUGAGGAAACAGCAAUUGGUAAGAAGAUCGGAGAAGAAGAGAAGAAACGAGACGAAAGAGUAACCUGGGAUGGUCACACGUCCAGCGUGGAGGCUGCUACCCGAGCUGCCCGCGCGCAUAUUACGCUCGAAGAUCAGAUUCAACAGAUACAUAAGGUUAAAGGUCUUCUACCUGACGAAGAGAAAGAGAAGAUUGGACCAAAGCCGGUGCCCCUGUCAUCCCGAGCUCGCCCGCCUCCUCCCCUGCUCCUCCCCGUGCACCCGCUCCUCCUUCGGUCAUUCUGCAGCCUAUUCCCCCCCUCAUGGUGA